AUACACAAAGGAGAGAGAGAGCUUCAAUAUAACCAACAAUGGCGGUCUCCAGAAGUUUAUUAGCUAUCUCAGCAUCACUAAUCAUUCUAUCAUUCUUUCUCUGUGUGACAAUAGCUCACGAAACAGAGGAGCUAAAGUCUCAGAACUCGACUAAUUCAUCAAUGGCUGAUAAGUUAAGUGACGGUGCAUGGAACGAACACGCCGUUAAAACCCCAGAAGAAGUUGCUGCAAUGGUCGAUAUGACUAUAAGGAACAGUACGGAGCGGAGGAAGUUAGGAUUCUUCUCUUGCGCCACCGGAAAUCCAAUCGACGACUGUUGGCGAUGUGAUCGGAAAUGGCAUCUCCGGCGAAAACGUCUUGCGAAUUGCGCAAUCGGUUUCGGUCGUAACGCAGUCGGAGGUCGCGACGGUCGUUACUACGUCGUCACCGAUCCAUCUGACAACGACGCGGUUAACCCUAGACCGGGAACGCUUCGACACGCCGUGAUUCAGGAUCGUCCCUUAUGGAUCGUCUUCAAGCGCGACAUGGUGAUCACUCUGAAGCAGGAGCUGAUCAUGAACAGCUUCAAGACCAUCGACGGAAGAGGCGUGAGCGUCGCGAUCGCAGGAGGCGCGUGUAUCACGAUCCAGUUCGUGACGAACAUCAUCAUCCACGGGAUUAAUAUCCAUGAUUGUAGACGGACCGGUAACGCCAUGGUGAGAAGCUCGCCGUCGCAUUACGGGUGGAGAACAAUGGCGGACGGAGACGCGAUCUCGAUUUUCGGGUCGAGUCAUAUUUGGAUUGAUCAUAAUUCUUUGUCAAACUGUGCCGAUGGGUUGGUUGAUGCGGUUAUGGGAUCUACUGCUAUUACAAUCUCCAAUAACUAUUUCACUCACCACAAUGAGGUUAUGUUGAUGGGGCAUAGUGAUUCUUACACCAGAGAUAAGGUGAUGCAAGUGACCAUAGCAUACAACCAUUUUGGGGAGGGGCUUAUACAGAGAAUGCCAAGGUGUAGGCACGGUUAUUUCCACGUUGUAAACAACGAUUACACUCACUGGGUUAUGUAUGCAAUUGGUGGAAGUGCUAACCCUACCAUCAACAGUCAAGGCAAUCGAUUCCUUGCCCCGGCAAACCCUUUUGCCAAAGAGGUGACUAAGAGAGUAGGUUCAUGGCAAGGAGAAUGGAAGCGAUGGAACUGGAGAUCGCAGGGAGACCUAUUGCUCAACGGUGCCUACUUCACUAAAUCAGGAGCUGCUGCUCCUGCAAGCUAUGCCAGAGCCUCUAGCUUGGGAGCUAAACCAUCUUCCAUUGUAGGUAUGCUUACUUACAGCUCAGGUGCCCUUAAAUGCAGGAUCGGUAUGAGGUGUUAGCUAAUUGUAUAAUCUUCAAAACCAAGACCGAGGAAGAUAACUGAAUAGCCAAGGGAAACAAAGAAGAAAAUGAACUUGUUUUCUUCGUUCCCGUAUCAUUGUUUUCUCUUCUUUUUUUUUCUUUCUUCUCUAUUACCAUCUUAGAUUCCUCACUGCUUCCACUCGUCAACCUGGGCCAGCUUUCGUGAGCCACAGUGUUGUUCGAAUCCAAAUUGUAGUACAGUGCAUUCUUCAUUACACUUUUGGUGUAUUAUCAUUGUAUCAUAUAUUCUUCUAUCAAUGUAACGCUUUUUUUUAA